ACCUUGUAAGCUCAUCAGUCAGUGGCUGCGGCAUUUAGUGGGCGGGGCUAUGUUAGUGCAGCUGUAACGUCGGGAUCCUUCCGCGUCGGGUCGCAGCACGUAGCGGAUUUGUUUGGCGGAUGGUUCCGGUGUUGACUGUUCCUAUAAACCCGAUAGGUCAUGGAUUCCCGCUUCAGUAGAGGGAAGUCUACCAUUCUAGAACGUUCUCUGGCCCGGCCCAAGACAGAGGUGAGCCUUAGCGCGUUCGCACUUCUCUUUUCCGAAAUAGUCCAGUACUGCCAAAACCGCGUCUACUCCGUCUCCGAGCUCCAAGCGAAACUCUCCGAGCUGGGCCAACAAGUGGGAUGUCGCAUCCUGGACCCGCUGGUGAUGAGGGAAAAAAACGGCAAACGGGAGACCAAGGUGAUCAGCGCCCUCCUCUUCAUCAAGGUGGUGGCCUGGAAGGCGCUGUUCGGUAAAGAAGCGGACAAACUGGAGCAGGCGAACGACGACGACAAAACCUACUACAUCAUCGAGAAGGACCCGCUGAUUAACUCCUACAUCUCCGUCCCCAAGGAGAACAGCACGCUCAACUGCGCCUCCUUCACCGCCGGCAUCGUGGAGUCCCUGCUGACCUGCAGCGGCUUCCCGGCAAAAGUCACCGCUCAUUGGCACAAAGGAACCACCCUGAUGAUCAAAUUCGACGAGUCGGUCAUAGCGCGGGACAAAGCGCUGGACGGGCGCUGACUGCACAAACGCGUCUCCUCCGCCCGUCCGUCCGUCCGUCUGCAUUACAAGUUAUUGACAUCAACGUGACGCCGGAAAUGUUCAUCCCUUGUUUACUUUUCUCUGGCUUUAGGUGAAAUUAAAGAACUUUCCUUUUUUAGGUUUUUUCUUUUUUUGUUGUUUUUUUUAUUUUUAUUUUAUUUUUAUUUUAUAUUUUUUUCCCAAGUAUUGCAAAAUAUGGCAAAUGUAAUGUUCAUAAACAAAUUUAAAAAAAAAGA